AUCUGUGCUGUGCGCAGGACACUCCGCUCAAAAAAAUUAAAAUCUUUCUUUCAAUGUUGCGUCAUCCACAUGUUCUGUUUGAAGUGAAAUAAGACGUGAAUUAAUUUGUUAGGAUACAUAAAAAUAACUUAAAAAUGUUGACCGCUACGCGGGUGUUGGGUCGCAAGGCCGUCCAAUGCUCUGGAUUAACUUCAGACAUUACGCAUAGGAAUUUUUCCACAAUUCUUAAAAAUGUUGCAUCACCCACAGUUCCUAUUUACCAGCGCCAUGCGGUCCAAUACAGGCACAAGUCGGAAGGUGUUCGUGGAGCGGUCAUUGGUAUUGACCUGGGCACCACCAACUCUUGUGUUGCUGUCAUGGAGGGGAAGACUCCCAAGGUUGUGGAAAACAGCGAAGGUUCUAGAACCACGCCGUCGCACGUCGCGUUUUCCAAAGAUGGGGAAAGAUUGGUUGGUAUGCCUGCGAAAAGACAAGCUGUCACCAACAGUGGAAACACGUUUUAUGCAACGAAAAGACUGAUUGGAAGACGUUUUGAUGACCCUGAAGUACAGAAAGAUAUGAAGAAUCUCUCUUAUAAAGUGGUUCGAGCUUCGAAUGGAGAUGCUUGGGUUCAAGGUAGUGACGGUAAAGUGUAUUCUCCAAGUCAGAUUGGUGCUUUCGUACUGAUAAAGAUGAAGGAAACAGCGGAGGCCUAUCUGAACACUUCGGUGAAGAAUGCAGUGGUAACAGUGCCCGCAUACUUCAAUGAUUCCCAGCGACAGGCCACUAAAGAUGCCGGUCAAAUUGCGGGUUUGAAUGUUCUACGUGUAAUUAAUGAGCCGACAGCAGCCGCACUUGCGUACGGCAUGGACAAGUCUGAUGAUAAGAUUAUCGCGGUUUACGAUUUGGGAGGUGGUACAUUUGACAUCUCUGUAUUGGAGAUACAAAAAGGUGUUUUUGAAGUCAAGUCAACUAAUGGUGACACGUUACUUGGUGGUGAAGACUUUGACAAUGUCAUUGUCAACUUUUUAGUUGACGAGUUUAAACGUGAUCAAGGUCUUGACAUUCGUAAAGACGCGAUGGCGAUGCAACGUCUUAAAGAGGCAGCGGAAAAGGCAAAGAUUGAGUUGUCCGGUUCCCUGCAGACUGAUAUCAACCUGCCGUACCUUACUAUGGAUGCUUCCGGACCUAAACACAUGAACCUAAAGAUGACAAGAUCUAAGCUAGAAUCUCUAGUUGGUGAUCUUAUCAAGCGUACUGUGGCUCCAUGUCAGAGAGCGCUGCAAGAUGCUGAAGUGCAGAGAUCUGAUAUCGGUGAAGUGUUACUCGUUGGUGGCAUGACAAGGAUGCCAAAGGUUCAACAAACAGUUCAAGAUAUCUUUGGUCGUGCACCAUCCCGUGCUGUGAACCCUGAUGAGGCGGUGGCUGUUGGUGCUGCGGUGCAAGGUGGUGUGCUCGCUGGUGACGUGACUGACAUCCUGCUGCUUGACGUGACGCCGCUGUCACUCGGCAUCGAGACCCUCGGUGGAGUGUUCACUAAGCUCAUCACCAGGAAUACAACAAUACCGACUAAGAAGAGCCAAGUUUUCUCCACCGCUGCCGACGGCCAAACCCAAGUUGAGAUCAAAGUACAUCAAGGCGAGCGUGAGAUGGCUAGCGACAACAAACUGUUGGGACAGUUCUCACUUGUUGGUAUACCUCCAGCACCUCGCGGAGUACCUCAAAUUGAAGUCACCUUUGAUAUCGACGCUAAUGGAAUCGUACACGUCUCCGCGCGUGACAAGGGCACCGGCAAGGAGCAGCAAAUUGUGAUCCAAUCAUCGGGUGGUCUAUCCAAGGAUGAGAUUGAGAACAUGGUGAAGGCUGCUGAACAGUUCGCAGCACAGGAUCAGCAGAGACGUGAACGUGUGGAAGUUUGCAAUCAGGCUGAAGGUGUGCUUCAUGAUACGGAGACCAAGAUGGAGGAGUACAAAGCUCAGCUGCCUCAGGAUGAGUGUGAUAAGCUACGUGAAGAGAUCACCAAGCUUCGUGAACUCCUCGCCAACAAGGAUGCUGUGGAGCCGGAGGCCAUCCGCACUGCCACCGGUCAGCUGCAGCAGGCCAGCCUCAAGCUGUUCGAGCAGGCUUAUAAGAAGAUGGCUGCCGAACGUGAAGGCCAACAGCAACAGCAGAGCGAGCCCCAAGAAGAUAAGAAAGAAGAGAAGAAGAAUUAAGCACAAAACCAGAGGAAUACCGCGGAGGAAACUUGGCGCUAUAUGUCACCUGUCAAAAUUGACACAAAAGGCAAAGGCGACGCCGGCGCACAGCCACAACUGUCAGACGUCAAAUUGACGUUAUUUUUUUUUAUGCAAAACAUUUCUAUUUAUGCCACUCUUGUCAAAUAAAUGCUUCUGUUAAAAUUAAAAGUUUACCAGUGAUUUAUAAAUAUUUUGAAAUUUAACGGUUACUGAAAUUCCUUUAGACACCAUUAUUUUAGUGAAUUCAUGAACAC